ACCUGCUAAACACGAGAAGAGUUCUGUCUCUGUCACCAGCUCACUAUAAACAUCGGUUUCUAUAUGCAGCCAUGCCUGAGAACAGUAUGGAGAAGCUAAACAUAGUGACAUGCACCGCUCCUGUGAAUAUAGCCGUCAUUAAGUACUGGGGGAAGAGAAAUGAAGAAUUAAUUCUUCCCAUUAACUCAUCAUUGAGCGUCACGUUGCAUCAAGACCAGCUGAAAACAACAACAUCAGUGGCAACCAGCAGAUCAUUUCAGGAAGAUCGAAUAUGGCUCAAUGGCAAAGAAGAGGAUAUCAGCCAUCCCAGACUGCAGUCCUGCCUGAGAGAGAUUCGACGACUAGCAAGGAAGAGACGUAACAAUGUGGACCCCGGUUUGGAUUCGACUGGUUUGUCCCACAAAGUCCACAUCUGCUCCGUUAACAAUUUCCCCACUGCUGCUGGACUGGCUUCCUCUGCUGCUGGAUUUGCUUGUCUAGUUUACACGCUGGCUCGGGUGUUUGGUGUAGAAGGUGAACUGUCUGUGAUUGCCCGGCAAGGCUCGGGCAGCGCAUGUCGGAGUAUGUAUGGAGGAUUUGUCCAGUGGAUCAUGGGACAGCAAAGCGAUGGCAAGGACAGUCUUGCCCAGCAGGUGGAGCCAGAAACUCAUUGGCCUGAGCUCAGAAUACUUGUCCUAGUGGCCAGUGCUGAGCGGAAGCAUGUAGGCAGCACCUCUGGGAUGCAAACCAGUGUACAGACAAGUUGUCUCUUAAAGCACCGGGCUGAAUCUGUGGUCCCAGGCCGGAUGGAGAAGAUGAAUGAUGCAGUGCGCAGAAGAGACUUCACUGCAUUUGCUGAACUAACCAUGAAGGACAGUAACCAGUUCCAUGCCACCUGCCUUGACACAUACCCUCCUAUCUUCUACCUCAACAGUGUGUCUCAUCAGGUCAUCCACUUGGUUCACCGGUACAACCAACACUAUGGGGAGACAAGGGUGGCCUACACCUUUGAUGCAGGACCUAAUGCUGUGAUCUUCACACUACAGCAGCACGUUCCUGAGUUUUUCCAGGCGGUGCAACAUUUCUUCCCCCCGGAGAACAAUGGAGGACAGUUUGUUAAGGGUCUUCCAGUUAAGCAUGCUACUCUUUCUGAGGAGCUGAAACAGGCUAUUGGUUUAGAGCCCAUGCCAAAAGGAAUUCGCUACGUCAUUAGUACCAAGGCUGGACCGGGUCCUUGUGUUGUGGAGGAUGACACGCAGCAUCUGCUUGGAUCUGAUGGCUUGCCUAAGAAUAAAGUGUGAUGCCAUGCAACCGAUAAAGGGACAAAUGAGCAAUAAUGAAUCUUAAUUCAGCACAGAUACAAAUCUGUGUGAGACAUAUGUAACAAGGUUUCUACAAUCAACAACAAGAACAACAACAGGCAACUCUCUUACAGUUUUAGAUUGAGGUUGUUAAUAUAUGUCUCCCUUCAAUGAUCAGAUGUCUCUCAGUCGUUUAUAUCACACUCUCUUUCUGUAUGCUCUUGAGUAGCUCCUCAUAUGUCUUAGUAUCUACUGGUAGAUACAGUUCAAGAGGUAUUUGACUAAUGGGUUCAGUCAUAGACAUGAGCAUGGGCUGGACUCUGAGGUGGUUAAUUAAGGGCUCCAACACUACCAAGGUGCCCUUCAGCAAGGCAUAAAAACUGUUCACCACUGCAGCUGACUCCGUGCUCUCUGAUCUGUCUGAGCAAAUGCCCAUGCUUGAAUUUGUGUUUUACAAGGGUUUUUAAAUUAUCGGAUAUGUACCAGUCUUUUUGGCAAUCAAUUGUAAUUGUCAUCUCAUGAAAACAUGAUUUCAGACACAAACUACAGACCUAAAGGAUUUUGGGUUUAUUCUGUAACAUUUUAAUAAAAUAUAUUUUAGUCAUUAUA